UAUGUCAACAGGUCUGCUAACAAAUGAUGCUUUUGAGGAGUUCCGACGUCAUAUUCUGCCUUCAAGACGGGAUUCAUCAUCCUCAGAAAAGAGAACGCAUGUGACAUUUCCUGCUGAUUUAGUUGAUCAAAAGAAUUCUGAGAGAAUUUCUCGUUUCUUUAAAAGAGCGGACUCUCUGGAUUUGACAAAGCUUCUAAAGGUUUUUGAUGACAUGGAUAAAAGAAAUCGUGUGGAUCCAAGCGUAGCAUCGACGGCAGAGGUGGCGGCUGUCGUGGUAACAUUUGUGGAGCGGAUCUUAAAGAAGGUUGGUCAGAUUGAUCCACGGUUCUAUUCAACCCUCCUUCCCGGGGGAAGUUUCUAUGAUGGGGUAAAGAUAGGUAGGCCAGAUGAAUUCGACUUUACAGCAAAAAUAGAGAAACUCUGUUCAAGAACGGAAAUAGAAUCGCGGUUCUCGCAGCGCAAGAAAGGCUUUGUAUAUGUGGUAAUCACAGAACCUGAAGCUCUGGGGGAGUUUAGGGACUUUUUCACUGAUGCAGAGGACGACGAAAUAUUAAAGAGUGGCGAAAUUAUCUUAUCUGUGAAGAAAAUUCAGAGACAUUUUAGUGAACUUAUUGAUAAAGCUCUCGGAACUAUCAAUGUACCACGAGUUCUCGCUCCUGCUGGUAAGGAUGAUGGGUUAAUUUGGCAUUCAGUCCGCCACGGUCCCUGUGCUACUGUGUAUGCAACAUAUUAUUCAGUAGCUUUGGGAGAGAUGAGUCUAGAUAUUGACAUCGCUCCAACAUUUGAUCUACCAGAACCCUCUUACAUACCUCCCGUCUUAAACUUGGUGAACGUGCCUCGCCUGUCUGACGGAAGAAAUCCACUGCAGUCAAAAUUAAUCGAGGUGCUUCAGAAUGAAUUGAAAAUAAUGGUGGUACCGUUUACAUUUGAUAGAAUAGCAAUGGAAUCCGACGGGCAGACGUGGUCUUAUGAAUACAGCGAAACUUGGAGAGUUUCAUUCAACUCGCUUGAAAAUUUUCUGUUUUCUAUGCAUGACAAUGAUUCUGUUGAAAAACAGCUUUAUAGAGUUUUAAAGGUAUUAAAAGAAUCGUUCAUUCAAAAAACUCAAAAUUUGGAAUCCAAAGCAGGAACGUCAAAAAUUAAACUUGAAGAGCCACCUAGCACGAACAUGACCUCCGUUACGGUAGAACCGGUAGGAUUUCUGUCCGAUUUCAGUGUAGAACCGAUUGGAGCUUUCAGUGAAGAAUCCGAUGAAGAUACUGAUGACGAAAACUCAUCAGAUUCGCUUUGUGCGAGCGGACAUCGUUACGAAAUCCUGUACGAGCGCUCAUCUUCGCAGUCUGGCUCGGAUCCAGAUGAUGGAGCUGAAAAUACUUGUAACCCCAGGCUAGCUGAGAGAUGUGACGGGCUAAAACAGAUCUCUUCGCUCGUCUCUUCUGAUGAAGUUAACAAUUCUAAUCCAACUCAAGCUUACCGCAGCUCCAAACCACUGAUCAAGACAUAUUACUUCAAAAUGAUCCUGUUCACGAUGAAGCUAUUGCUUGUUGAUCACACAAUGUGGAAUCGGAAAAAUUUGCCAGCACUGGUAUUAUUUGUACUAAAAAUUCUCUUUUUUGUUUACUCUUCAAAGGAGAGAUGCUUUGUCAACUUCUGGUUUCAAGAAAUGAUCGAGACAUCAGCCAGGCAGUCUGUCGGUUUAGAAAUCUUACAAUCGUUAGAAGACAUUCUGCAGGAACUAGAACUAAAAACAAGAUCUCUGUAGUCAUUUCAUCCGACGAAGAAAGGAUUGG